AUGAAAUUUAGUCAAACACCAAAAUCAACUUUUACAGAAAAUUUCAAUCCACCUCCUGGUUAUUAUAUUGGGAAUGAUUUAAAUGAUAUGUUAAAUACCAUUAAAAUUAAACCACCCUAAUAAUAAUUCUCAAGAUCAGAUAGAUUUGGAGAUAUUUAAACAAAUAUUCAUCCUCAAAGUAAAACUAUAGAAGGAUUUGAUAAAAUUGCUUAUUAAGCUUCUUUAAAACAUUCAUUUUAAAAUUAAAAAUUAAAAGAACAUAAUUACGUAUAUUAAGCAUAAGUAUGUAAGUUUUAUUAAUUAUUAUAGUCUUAGUAACAAUUAAAGAAGACUUAAGAUGUUGAUAAGAAAAUGAAGAACUUACUUGUUAAAUAAAUGGAAAACUGUUUAAACUAAUAACUAGAAAUAACACCAUCAGGAUAAUGUGUUUUAGAUAAAUCUAAACUGUUGUAAAAGUUAUAAACUAUUGCCCCAUUACAAGUAAAUAAAAUUAAUUAAAAUAAUAGCCUCCUGGUCCUGGACAUUAUAAUUCUAAUGAAACUUUAAUUAAACCCAGAGUUAGAGGAGCUAUUAUUAAAGAGGAUAGUAAAAGAACAACUUUUUAAGAGCCAUUCUUGACAGCUGAUGUUAUAUAUGGAAAACAAUUAACUAAUAAUGGAUAAAAUGAAUCUGAAUCAAAUCUAUCAUAAAAGUAAAAGUAGAAAAAAAUCAAAUUUAUUCAAGGAGAUGAAUAUAAUUUAGAAAAAUUAUUUUAAAAAGAAAAGAAGAUAAAAGAAAGAUAAACUGCUCCUCCACCUGGACAUUAUGAAAUUGAAUCUCAAUUUGGAAAAAUUACAGAAUUAAAUUAUUAAAAUUAAUGUUUUGAUAGUAGAGAACCAAGAUUUAAAUAUACUUAAGAUGAAAAUCCUGGACCUGGUUAAUAUAAAGCUGAUAAUUAAUUUAAUGAAUCUGGAGGAUAUAUGUCAAAAUUACCUAGAUAACCUCCAAAAGAUAAUAUGAUUGUUCCUGUUGGUAAUUAUAUUGUAUAAGAUUUAUCAAAACCUCAAAGAAAAGAUGGACUCUUUCCAUCAAGUUUUGGAUCUGGAUCUAAGAGAAUGAAAGAAGUCAUAAUAAAUAAUGAUAUUCCUGGUCCUGGUAGUUAUGAUAAUUUAAUGUUAAAAAAGAAACAAUUUAAAUAUGUUUUUAGAAAGAAAGAGAAACGACCUACAAUUGAAAAGUAUCCAGAAUCAUUUGGAUUAUCAGUUGCUAAAGAAUUAGUAUCUGUUAAUACAACAAAAGAAAGAAGUAAAUCUUUAUAAAAACCAGUAUAAAUAAUAUAUAUAUAUAUUUAGUAAUAAUCUUCUAUGUUUUCUUCUAAUGUACAAAGAUUUAAAGAUAAAAAAAUUACAGAAGAAUUAGGUCCAGGUAGUUAUACUGUACAUAAUUAAUUCACAAAAACAACUUUUAAUAAAGGAAAUGAUAUUUUUGGAAAAGGUUAAAGAAUAUAAUAAUUAUAAAUGUAAGAAAUUGGUCCUGGGGCUUAUGAUGGAGAUUACAAAAUUCUUAAGAAAAAUUUUGUUAGAGAUGUUCAUUUUUGA